AUGGCUUUCCCACCUACAAAUUUGAUUCUGAGGUACCAACUCUCAGAAUCAGACUUGGACUCGCUAUGUAAACUUGAAGAUAUUCAAAACUAUUUGAGUCCCAAGCUGGCACUAAAACCCUCAUCUACCUUCAAAUUCCACAUCUCCCGCUCCCUCCACACUCAAAUCGGCGAGAGCGAGUGCGUGACGGGCUGGCGGUCGUGCGGGAGGGGCGUCUCCGGCAGCCAGCACCACUGCGUGCACGAGAGCCUCUGGUGCGACCGCCACAUCAACUGCGGUCAGCCGGAGAACAUGGACGAGAUUUCGUGCUCUCAUGACGAAAUACUCGGUGGGCUCGUAACGGUGAUGGUGGGCCCGUGGGUGGGCACCGUGCUCCUCCUCCUGCUGGUGCUUGGCGGGGUCAUGUACUGGCGAAGGGCCCGCCCCCCUGUGCCUCAGGACCCGCCCCCUGCCCCGGAUAUCAACUCUUAUGCCGAGUCAUACGAGGUGUCUUCUACCCUCUCCUCCGCCCACCACAUGGCGAUCCAGGUUCGCGUGGUGUGCAACCCUGGGCCGGGCUCCUACACCCAGAGGACCUCCCCGUGGGCCGCGGCGGACCUGCCUCCUUCCUACGACUCGCUCUUCCCCCAGGGCCCCCCUCCGGCCCCGCCCAAGUGCACCUCCUCCACUUCUUCCACCGCCUCCACACCGCUCUCCUCCCUCACGGCCAACACCACCUCCACCAUCACGGCCGGCGGCGCCACCCUCGCCACCAGCCUGGACAUCACGGCGAAGUCCCUCGCCGCCCCGGCCGCCGGCGCCUCCGCGGCGGCCUCCACCUCCUCCCCGUCCCCCUACAAGGGCAUGGCGCACGCCAGGCCCUCGUCCGCCGCCGGAGGAAGCGCCUCCGCCAACGGCUACAUCGCGAAUGCCACGCAGACGUCCUCCUAUGGCAUCGACAACCCUGUACAUAUGUUAUGCAACGGCACGGGCGCGCACUCCGCCCACGGGCCAGACACAUGCUUCAUCGCUAGCACAAGCAGCACCUGCUCCCCCUGCAGCACCCCGGGCCACGAGGGUCGUCGCCACCCGCGGCACCCCUGCUCCCCCUCCUGCCGACCCCUCCCGACCACACUCCCCAAAUCCGCCUCCAAGUCACACUCGGCCUCGCCCUCCAGACGCGCCUCCUCCAGGUGCGUCUCCCCCUCCCACUACCCUUCGCCCUGCCACUACUCCCCCUCCAGCGCCGCCGCCAGGCCUCAGGUUCUCCACCAGAGGCUCUCGGAGAGGCUAGAGUGCCAGGGUACGCCCACUGGCCUCCCAGACCUCGUCUCGGCACCGGCGAGGAGGCGAGAGGAGCUCUCGUCGCCAGGGGAGUGCGACGACACGGCGACUCUCCUGAGGGACAGGUCCCCCUCCACCGACGAGGAGGUGCUGACCCAUCCCGCGCGCCCGCAGCGCUCUGAGUCCCCUCCCCCGCCCGCCCCUGCCUCGCCCUCAGCCCGCUCCCCCACGCCGAAGACCGAGGAAGCCGACCCAGGCUGCACGACGCCGAUUGCAAGUGGCGCGUCGUCGGCAGGCCUCUCUGUGGCUGGAGCCCCUGAGGAGGACGGCCACCCGUCGUCAGCGAGAUCGACAGGCGUCGCUCCGCCCACGGUGGCUAUCUCUCCAUCAGCGACGCCGUCGACAGCCUCUCUGGCCGACAAACCAAUGGUCGUUCGGGCGUCUACGAUGGACAGCGAAACGGCGGACACGCUGACAUCGACGACCAGUUGGGGGACGCUCUCCACAGACAUCACCGAAGUCUCGUUUGCAGACGACCUCUCGCAGAACACAUUGUGAAUCCGUAGGUCGUCCAGUGAUCAUAGAAAACUAUCAUAGAAAACGUCUUUACCAGGGAGGGGAAACUUCUGAAGAUUCUGUGUGCGGGUUUGCAAAUCUAAAAAGAUAUAUACAUAUUAUUUGCAGUUAAGGAUUAAAAGAGUACACAUAUAUUUUCGAAUGGUUGUACCCUGACUUCGAUAGUAUUAUAGCUUUUUGUCAGUUUAGUAGUGUAGAUGAAAAAAGACCAAGAAUAUCGAUUUAUUUUCCUCUUGGGAGAGAGAGAGAGAGAGAGAGAGAGAGAGAGAGAGAGAGAGAGAGAGAGAGAGAGAGAGAGAGAGAGAGAGAGAGAGAGAGAGAGAGAGAGAGA